GGAAAGAGAGAGAGAGAGUGAUAUUCAAGAGAACAGUGCGCCAUUACUCCUGCUUCUAUAACUACACUAAAACAACACCUGUGUGACACCAACGUCUAUGUGUUAUAGGUUCACACUUCGAUCCUUCACAAUCGAAAGGUUUAAGGACAGUGAUUUUUAAUCUUCAUUCAACAUGGUAACCAAGGAGGACGGCUAAAAGCAAGUUUUCAACUCUAAGAGCACUGCCAUGCAGACGCGCUCCCUGCUGAGGUGACUUUUACACAUAGUCAUGGAGCUCAAGGUGUGGGUGGAUGGCAUUCCACGUGUUGUCUGUGGCUUAUCUGAAGAGACAUCUUGUCAGGAUGUUGUCAUAGCUCUAGCCCAAGCCAUUGGGCAAACCGGUCGCUAUGUGCUCGUCCAGAAACUACGGGGAAAGGAACGGCAGCUCGUGGCUAAUGAACGCCCACUGGAGUCCCUCGCUGAACUGGGCCAGCUGGGCAACGAAGUGCAAUUCAUCCUCCGUCGCACUGGCCCAACAACCAGCGAAGCUUCAGAUAAAGGUCGAGCCCCUCCUUUGCCCACGUCCCUACAUCCAGAGCCCCCCAAACACAAAGAUCCCAAAAAGGCCCUUACUUUGAAUCCGGGGCCCUCCGCCUCACCGCAAACACGUGUGAGACACUUUGAAAAACCAACUAGAGACUCUCCAAGGGUGUCCCCAUCUCCCACUUCCUCCCUCGGCCAGGAUGAUUCAUCCAAAGAAGCGCUCUAUCAGCAAAUUCUUCGACAACAAGCCGAGUUACAGGGCCUGCAGUCACAGCUGAUGGGUCUGGAGAGGGAGCUUGGGGUUUGGGAGCGAGCUCCUCCUCCGACCCUUCCCCCGGACCUCCUUAAGGAAAUGGACCACCUGCAGCAGAAUUUGAGGAGGAACGAGGAAGAGCUAGCCCACUUACCGUACUGGGAAAGUGAAUUUCACUCUGAAGUUCAGAGAGAAAAUGAAAUGCUAAGACGUAAAAAUGAACUUAAUGUAGCAAUAGAUAAGGAAAGCCGAAGGCAGCAUGAUACAGAGACUCUAUCAGAGCAGCUGGAGCGAGAUAUUCAGCUGCUCAGCAAGAGAAAUGGUAUACAUGAAGCCAGCCACAGUGUUGAAGAAUCUGUAACUAUAGCCAAGAGAAAAUUGGAAAACCAUCAGCGCCAAGGGACUGAACUGCAGGCAUCAAUUGAAAAGGCAGAGAAGGAAUUAAUGAUGGCAGAUGAAGAACUACUGGCCAAGAGCAUAGAACUGGAUGAUCUGAACAAAGAGCUACGACAGUGUAACCUGCAGCAGUUUAUCAUGCAAACAGGUGUCACGCCGGCACAGUCCAAUCUACAAACAGAGGACAUGGAUUAUGCUCUCCUCAAGCCUGAUGGACAGAGUGAUGAAGAUUCCAGUUCCUCCAUCUUGGAGUUCAACCCUCGAACCACUGCCAAGCAAAUUCUGGGGAACCCACGCAGCCUUCAAAACCCUCUCGUCUCCAGCCUUCAUCCUGAGGUCCUGUCAUCAAGAGAAACAUCAUGGCACUAAAGUCUGGAGUACAACCUCAAGGAAUUAUUAACUGUUCACUUUAUUAAUAUAUUUGCAUAAUUCUGUCUGAAUAUGUUACAUGUAUUUUCUUUUGUAUGAUAUUCUAUGAAAUUAUUGUGUGAAAACUUAAGAAUAUGUUUAUGUAAAUAGAUUGUUGUCUUUGUAAUUAUUAAGCAGAUGAAGAUUUGUACAUGUAUUUUAACAAUAUAUUUCUUUUACUAAAAACCUACAAAAAUAAACAGAAUUUAUUGCAA